CCCAGACAAUGAUGGAUGACAAGUGUCCUGUUCUCACCCCCAUUGGAUGACGAGAUCCCGGAGAACCAAUCAGCGUCGCCGCAGUCACGGGUUAUAAAGUCCACGCAGCCCGCGGAUCUCAGACGCCCCGGUUGCCAGAUGGGGGCGAUGGCUCCGCGCACGCUGCUCCUGUUACUGGCGGCCGCCCUGGCCCCCACCCGGACCCGCGCGGGCUCGCACUCGCUGCGGUUUUGCCACACCAUCGUGUCCCGGCCCGGCCUCGGGGAUCCCCGGUACAUGGAAGUCGGCUACGUGGACGACACGCAGUUCGUGCGCUUCGACAGCGACGCGGAGACUCCGAGGAUGGAGCCGCUGGCGCCGUGGGUGGAGCAGGAGCCCGAGUAUUUGCUGAGGGAGACGCGGAGAGCCAAGGGCUGGGAACAGACUUUCCGAGGAAACCUGAGGACCCUGCUGGACUACUACAACCAGAGCGAGGGCGGCUCUCACACCUACCAGCGUAGGUGUGGCUGUCACAUCGGGUCCAAUGGGCAAUUCCUCCGUGGGUACAGCCAGGACGCCUACGACGGCCGCGAUUACAUCGCCCUGAACGACGACCUGACGACGUGGACGGCGGCGGACACGGCGGCGCAGAUCACCAGGCGCAAGUGGGAGCAGGCUGGUGAGGCAGAGAGACACAGGGCCUACCUGAAAGAUGAGUGCGUGGAGUGGCUGCGCAGAUACCUGGAGAACGGGAAGGACGCGCUGCAGCGCACAGAUCCGCCAAAGACACAUGUGACCCAUCACCCAACACUAAAAGGAGAUAUCACCCUGAGGUGCUGGGCCCUGGGCUUCUACCCUGCUGAGAUCUUCAUGACCUGGGAGAGGGAUGGGGAGGAACAGACUCAGGACAUGGAGCUGGUGGAGACCAGGCCUGCAGGGGAUGGAACCUUCCAGAAGUGGGCAGCUGUGGUGGUGCCUUCUGGGGAGGAGCAGAGAUACACAUGCCAUGUGCACCAUGAAGGGCUGUCUGAGCCCCUCACCCUGAAAUGGGAGCCUCCUCAGUCCACUGUCCCCAUCAUGGCAAACAUUGUUGUUCUGGUUCUCCUUGGAGCUGUGGCCAUCAUUGGAGCUGUGGUGGCUGUUGUGAAGAUGAGGAGGAGAAACACAGGUAGAAGAAGAGAGAACUAUGCUCCGUUUCCAUUGUGAAGACAGCUGCCCAUCCUGACAGAGUGACAGAGAUGUGCUCAGGUCUCUCCUGUGACGUCCUGAGCCCCUCAGUUCACUCUCAGCAACAGUGUCUUAUGUUCCCUGUGACCCUGUGGACUCAAUGUGAAGAACUGGGGAGCCCAGCCCCCCCUGCACGCCAGGACCCUGUCCCUGCACUGCCUGUGUUCCCUUCCACAGCCAACCUUCCUGGUCCAGCUGGCAGGAGGGGACAUCUCCAUUCUGUCACCUCCAUGCUGCCCUGAGCUGCAGCCCCUGACUCCCCACUGAAAAUAAGAAUCUGAAUGUGAACUUGAUGUUCACGUCCUUGAUCUGACAGGGGGAUUGAUGGGUAAAUUAAAGGAUUGAAAUACUUAGAGCUUGUGGAGGAAAUAAAUGGCAUUAUGGAGAACCUUCCAGAA